CUAAAUCCUAACAAUACUAAUAGCAGAACUCAUCGGGGCUCUGGUUUGGUACGUGCAGCCGCAGCAAGUGAUCGAGAGAGAGGAAAAGGGAGAGUAAUUAGCAGAGAAAUUCAGCGUCGCAGUUAUGGGUAAGGUUCACGGAUCACUUGCUCGUGCCGGCAAAGUUAGAGGCCAAACCCCCAAAGUGGCGAAGCAAGACAAGAAGAAGAAACCACGUGGCCGUGCCCACAAGAGGAUGCAAUACAACCGCCGGUUCGUCACCGCCGUGGUGGGAUUCGGCAAGAAGAGGGGACCCAACUCAUCCGAGAAGUGAGGCUAAGACUUGAAGAAUGCUACUUCUUAACUCUUAAAACAUGUUACGACUCUUUAUUUGCUUUUUUUUUUCUUUUAUCUAAGUUAAUGUAUUGAUUUUGUUCUGUGAACGGUUUUCUCGUUAGCUUUAUGUGAAACUUGAGUUUUUGCAAACAA